AUGGAGAAGGGUAGGCUGCCAAAGUCUUUGGCAAUUCAGCUUCUAAUCGUUGGUGUAGUCGCGACACUGGCUCCGGCGGGUUGGCGACUGCAGGCCUCUGUCAAAGCAGCAGGCAACCGAAGGCCCAGGCCAAUCGCUGAGGAGGAGGAGGAGGAAGAGGAUACCAUUGGCAACGUGCUAUGCAGAGCUGCUCGUGAGGCUUCCAAUCGUUCGGGUGGAACUGGAUCCAUGAGCUGCGCUGCGAUCAUGGGCGGGGCUUGUGGCUCUCUCUUGCUCAUUCCAGGCGCUCCUCGAGUGGAGGUUUCGGGAAUUGAGCUGGUCAGCUGGAAAGCUCCUUUUGCUGGAGCUGUGUGCGGCCUGUACUUAGUGCAGCUACCCGAAGGUGACGAUCUGGGCGAGAGAUGCAGGCGAGUAAGCACGUGGAUGUGGCGGCAAUGGCUGCGAUGUCAGCGGCGCAUCAUCCAUUCCGAAGAAACAUGGUGCAUUUCGGCGUGUGGGUGUUGCACGGUGACACUCCAGGUGUUUGCCCACGGCUGGCCGUAG